UCGUGCAUGAAUGAUUCGUCCGGACUUUCGUCUGCCUGCUUUGCCCACGAGUUGCAGCUAUCACUCGCCGUGUGUCAGUCAUAAUCAAUCUGCCCGGCCCUGUGCUGCUCUGUGCCCAGAAGCUUCUCAGCAGCAUCAUUCCCGACUCGUGGUGGCUGUGCGUUCUUCUUCCGUCUUUCCCUUCCUGCCUUCCGCCGUGAAACGCUACGUGAAGGAACCAGCCCAGCUCCCCCAUGCAUUUCAAAGCGAGCCAGCCAGCCCAGCGCCAACCCCAUCUCACCACCUGACUAACCCACCGACUGACCUGACCCGACUGACUUACUCCCCGGAACCUUCUAACCACUUCACACCGUUCGCACUCCACUCCACAUCCCUCACCUCACCUCACGCCCGCCUGCCUGCGCCGAUCCUCUCGUUUUCCAUACACCUUUUCUCUUGUCUCUUCCUUUUAGCGCGCUUCUCCUUCACUUCUUGCAGCCUUCCCACCACAAUGCCAGCACAGCGUUACGAGCGGAUAGCAGGAAACGACGACGAAGACACCACAUCGCCCUCCUCUCCUCAAGCGCCCUACCCCAUCCCCACCUCGCCACCUCCCUCCUUCCACAGUCGCGCCUCAUCACCCUCGGGCGGCGCAUCACGCCGCCUCCUCUCCGACGACCCUCUCACAACCGACGCUGAUCGUACUCUUGCCGACACAUUCGAUGCCGAGUCCGACAGCGAUGAUGAAGAAACCGUCGAUGACAGGCAACGACUGAUGCGGGGGAAUCCUGAGGAUGCACAGAGUAAUGAAGAGGACGACGAGGAUAUGUACAGAGGCGGUUUGCCACGGAGAGAUACCCAGCUACCGACUUUCACACCCCAGGCACCGAGUGGCAGAGUGGUAGGAGGUGGUCAAAACGACGGCGUUUUCGCAAAUCUCAGUGCGAAGCCGACAAGGGGGGAGGAUGCGGAGGAGAAGCCUCCUACAUACGAACAAGCCGCAGCGGAUGCUGCACCACCGUACUGGGAAACAACAAUUCUCGCGCCCGGCGCUUUCGGAGACGAAGUCUUUGUUGAAGGUCUCCCCGUGGGCUCCGUCUUCUCUUUCGUCUGGAACGCCAUGAUCUCCAUGUCAUUCCAAUUUGUCGGCUUCCUCCUCACCUACCUCCUCCACACCACCCACGCCGCAAAGAACGGGUCCCGCGCCGGCCUCGGAAUUACACUCGUCCAAUGGGGCUUCACAAUGAAGAGCGCCGCCUCUUCCCCGACCAACGAUAAUCCCACCACCGUUUUCGACGGUGGCGCAGUCCCUAGUGAUCCUAACGCCCACGACUUCGACCCCAAUUCUGUAUCGAGCUCUGGCGGUUCGGACUUGACGCCUGUCAACUCGGGCAUCAGCACCAGUGAUUGGGUUGCGUAUGCGCUUAUGAUUGUGGGCUGGUUCAUUCUUAUCAAGAGCGUGUCGGAUUUCAUCCGUGCGCGGAGACAUGAGCAGCUUGUUUUGCAGUCGCCGGAUCGUGGGCUGGGUGUUGCUGUUGUGGCUGAGGGUGAGAGCCCGGAGAGGAGUGUCUAG